AUGUGUGUGUGUGUAUGUGUGUGUGUGUUCCCAUCACAACCAAGAUGGCGGCGGAGCGGACAGCCGGCUCGGCACAGUGAGGUCGGUUGGACAGCUAACGGUUAGACUCUGAGGGGGAGAAAAAUACAAUAACAACACCUCCCUUACCGUUCAUCUCACCUUCUGUAAUGCAACAGCGUCGGUAGAAGCCAGACACCGUCCGAAGUUGUGUGCGAGGACUAAUCUGACGUUCACAAGCGGGGUAGUUGGCGGGGAUGGGAAAUGAUGGAGGACAAAGGCCCUCGUGUAGCCGACUACUUUGUGGUGGCCGGUCUGACGGACCCGUCCAAGCCGUUGGACCAGGAGAUCCACUUUGAUGAUGUCUGCCACAAGACGGCCAAGCCUAAGGCACCCAUCACAGAUGUGGCAGUGGUGAUCCGCUCAGCGGGGGAGGAGGUGCCGCCAGGGUUCACAUGCAUAGAAACAACACCGACAGGCCAAUCGGCUGAUCUUAACAACGGCGCCCUCAUGGCGCCGCAGAUCUUAUUGUGCUACAGGCGAGGUUGUGACAAGCCACCGCUAACCGACUUGGGUGUGCUGUAUGAGUGGAAGGAGCGUCUAAAGCAGGGUUGCCACCUUAUCCAAACCACACCUUCUGGUCGCCCAGCCAACAUCAGUGGUAAUUCCUCCCAACGCAUCUACAUCACCUACCGCCGGGCUCCCGAGAGCCAGCCGCACGCCGCCUUGGCUGUCACAGACGUCUGCAUCAUCAUCCCGAGCAAAGGGGAGACCCCACCACACACCUUCUGCAAGGUGGAGAAGAAUCUCAACAGCAGCAUGUGGGGAUCCUCAGUCUACCUGUGUUACAAGAAGUCUGUGGCCAAAACCAACACAAUAGCGUACAAAGCAGGUUUAUUCAGCAGAUAUCCAGAGGAGGACUAUGAGUCAUUCCCUCUGCCAGAGUCUGUUCCUCUCUUCUGCCUUCCCAUGGGGGCCACAAUUGAGUGCUGGCCAGCUAACACCAAAUACUCCCUCCCUGUUUUUUCCACCUUUGUCCUCACCGGAGCCUCUGGAGAGAAGGUUUACGGUGCUGCCAUUCAGUUCUAUGAGCCCUACCCACAGGAGUGCCUGACUGAUCAGCAGGUCUCCCAGCUGGGUCUCCAGAACCCUGACCCACACAAACCCUCUCCCUCCAGCUCUAUGGCCGCUGGCACCAGCAGCACCGCAAACGGCAGCCCGUGCUCGGUCUACACCAACAAGUGUAUCUGCCUGCUCUCUCACUGGCCCUUCUUCGACGCUUUCCGCAAGUUCCUCACAUUCCUCUAUCGCUACUCCAUCUCAGGCCCUCAUGCCCUGCCCAUUGAGAAGCACAUCUCCCACUUCAUGCACAAAGUUCCCUUCCCUUCCUCUCAGAGGCCUCGCAUCCUUGUGCAGCUUUCCCCUCAUGAUAGCCUGAUGCUGAGCCAGCCGGUCUCUUCUCCGUUACCGCUCAGUGGUGGUCGAUUUUCCACACUGCUCCACAACCUUGGGCCAGAGAACGCUGUCACCUUGCUGGUGUUUGCUGUCACUGAACAUAAGAUCCUGAUCCAUUCACUACGACCGGCUGUACUGACCAGUGUUACUGAGGCUCUCGUGUCUAUGAUUUUUCCAUUCCACUGGCCCUGCCCGUAUAUUCCUCUGUGCCCCCUGGCGUUGGCUGAUGUGUUGAGUGCCCCCUGUCCGUUCAUUGUAGGCGUGGACUCUCGCUACUUUGAUCUUUAUGAUCCCCCUCCGGAUGUCAGUUGCGUGGACCUGGACACAAACACCAUCUUCCACCAUGAAGAUAAGCGAGCCCUCACAUGGAAGAUCCUGCCAAAGAAAGCUUGUAAAAACCUAAUGAAUGUGCUGAAUAAUCUCUACCAGCAGCUUGUUGAUGGUCAGUACCGAGCAGAUGGGCUGCUGGAGCUGAGCAUGAGCGAUUCGUCAGAGCUGAGCUGUGGGAAGAGUCUCCACACACUGGAGCUAGAGAUCCAGGAAGCCUUUCUGCGCUUCAUGGCAGCAAUUCUGAAGGGCUACCGCUCCUUCUUGCGCCCCAUCACUCAAGCGCCUUCAGAGAAAGCCACAGACGCUAGCUCGCUCUUUGACUUGCAAGGGUUCUUGAAGAGCCGCGACCGCUCUCACCAGAAAUUCUACUCCCUAAUGACGAAGACCCAGAUGUUCAUCCGCUUUAUCGAAGAGUGCUCCUUUGUCAGCGACAAAGACGCCAGCCUGGCCUUCUUUGACGACUGUGUGGAUAAACUUUACAAUUCAGAGCGGGGUGCAGAUAAAGGAGGCAAGGUGGACAGCGACAGGCCGGAGGAGACCCGGCUGAUAGAGAUUGAUGAAUCCCAGCGUAGUGAGCACACAGUCUUCAUCACGCCUCCAGAGCUGCCUCCUCUGCCCGAGGGAGAGGAGCAUCCACUAUGCUACAGGUAUGAUGGUUUCCCAGUGUUGAGUUUAGAUCUAUUUGACCCCGUGGAGGGUCUGCGGACGCCCUCCUCCCGCCUCGCUGCCAGGCACAGCUGUCCCACCAGCCCUGCCCCCAUGUUUAGACGCACCAAGCAGGAGAUCAAAUCAGCCCAGAAGAUUGCUAAAAAGUACUCAUCCAUCCCUCAGCUGUGGUCUAAGUGCCUGCUGCGUCACUGCUACGGUCUGUGGUUCAUCUGCCUGCCAGCAUACGUGAAGGUGUGCCACUCCAAGGUGCGAGCGCUUCGCACAGCCUACGACGUCCUCAGGAAGAUGCAGGCGAAGAAGCUACAGCCCCCUGAUGAGGUCUGCUACCGGGUGCUGAUGCAGCUGUGUGGACAGUAUGGGCAGCCUGUCCUGGCAGUGAGGGUCCUCUUUGAGAUGAAGAAGGCUGGAGUCCACCCCAACGCCAUAACGUAUGGUUACUAUAACAAGGCAGUACUGGAGAGCACAUGGCCCUCCAGCACCAGAGGAGGAUACUUCCUGUGGAUGAAGCUAAGAAAUGUCAUACUGGGCGUGGCGCAGUUCAAACGGGCGCUACGACGACACGCAGGCCUCACCCAGAGCCCUCUGUCAGAUGGCAGUGACCUGGACGCUCUGAGUCACGGCAGCCUGGAUAGCUCUGCCGACACUAACCUGGUCGAGCAGGGCCCCUACGCCGCCGACUCCGUCAAAGUAGACCCCACUGAUGAUAGAUCUAGCACAGGUGAUCAGUCAGACUUGGGUUAUAAUUCCCUGUCAAAAGAGGAGGUGCGGAGAGGAGAACCCGCUGGCCAGGACUCUGCCCCUGACAAAGACGACAAGAAGGAGAGUGACUGCAGCUCCUUGUCAGAGACAGAAAGUGCCAAGGGAAGCAAAGAUUGCCUCCCUCAGCUUGACUUGGAGAUGAGUUCUUCCUUCAGACCCCGUGGCAUUGUUCGCAGCAGCUGUCCAUUUGAUGACUCAGCCUGUAAACCCAAGAGCUCCGCCAGUGCAGACCACGUUGCAGGUCUCCUCUUCACUACCUCCCUGGAUGAGAUUGGUGAGAUUCAGACAAACAGUUUGCUCCGGAGACAUAAGAGCGCUCUGGAGGAGGUGAUGGGCAGCGCCAGCAGUGGCUCAGCGCUUGACUGGCAGGGCGUAAAGAGCCGUCGGCUGAGUGGUGACACUGUGGGCAGCAGUGGGAGUGGCACCACUGUCCUGGGCCUGGGCAUGAGCCAGGGUGAAACUGAUCCAGAUAAAAUCACAGGACACCUGGGCGCAGAUGCUAAAAUCCUCGCUGGUGCCAACUUCACUAAGACUAGGAGGCCUCAUUCUCUGGCUCUGGGUGGGCUCAAGGGGGUGGCUGCUAAGUCACACGCUGCCAGGAGUAGUGAUCACAGGGAAGUGGAUGAGGAGGCGGAGCGGCAGGACUCCAGCGAUGAGGACAGGAACACUACAGAGGCCAUUUUUGAUCUAGAGGAUUUGGAUUUCGAAAAGCCCUCUAAGGGGGCAAAACCUUAUAAAAAACCUGUUGAACGCAGCGCCAGCUAUGGUGGUGUGAGCACCAUGACAAACAGAGGCACUGUGAAGCGCACAGGUAUUGAAACAGGCUACGACCCUCUCUCCCUCCUGGCAGCAGAGUCUGAUCAGCAAAAUGAGGAACGGUACACGGAGGGGGACCAGGCCAGCACUCCUAGUGCCCGGAGGCACCUGGCCAGGGAGAUUGAGCUCUACAUGAACCACAUGGGCAGCCCGCUGAGCAGCCGCAUGCCCAGUCUGGACCUUCAGGACCCAGCCAGCCCCGUCCUCCUCCACCAUUCCUCACUCUCUGCUUCCUCCCGCAGAGCCAGCCUCCCCCACAGCUCCCCCCUCAGGACUGCAGGAGUCCCUCGCUCCCGCACCUUCCAGCCGCCGUCGCCCUCUCAGCCCAUCUCGCGCCAACGGCUGUGGUCUUCACCUCCAUCUCGAAGCUCUAGCACCACCCCCAGCCCGAGUCCUCGACCCAGCCCCUACAGAGAGAGGGCGGACAGGAUGAGCCUGACAUCACCUUCGCUCUCCUCCUCCUCUUUUGCUUUAGAUACGCUUCUGACGCCAACACUGGAUGUGUUCAAGACCAGCGUGUUCUCUGCUGGGAAGGAAGUAGCAGAGAAAGCGAGCCGCUGGUACACGCGCCUUGCCACAUACACAACACCCACCAAGGACAGUCAGAGUGACCAUUUGAGCGUGUCCUCCCUCUGUGCGGGAGAUCCAGACUGCUCCUCACUGUUAGAUGACGAAGACUCUGGAGACACAGAGCACUCAAUGGUCUUUCCAUUGAGGAAUGGCCCUGUUGGCCCUCCAGGACCUCGCAGGAGUCCCAGACGCAGCCCCCUCCGCAGCCAUCUGGACAGUCCCACUGCAGGAUCGAGCCACAGAAGACCCACAUCUCUGCUCCCUGGACUGCCUGGCUUCUCUCUGCUAGACAAGUCGGACCUCAGCUCUUCACGGUACACCAGCAACACUAGCAUCUUCAACAACUACGCCAUGGAGCUGCUGAUCUCCAGCUGUUCUCGCUGUAAGACCUGCGACUGCCUAGUGUAUGAUGAGGAGAUCAUGGCCGGCUGGACAGCAGAUGACUCCAACCUGAACACCACCUGCCCCUUCUGUGGAAACCCCUUCCUGCCGUUCCUCAACGUGGAGAUCAGGGACAUGCGAGGACCUGGCAGGCUCUUCCUGAAAGGCAGCCCAUCAGUAGAUGAGGCGAUGACCUCGUCAUAUUCUGCCUCCACAGGGUUGGACACAGGGACGUCCACCUUGUCUACGCCCUGUCCCACGACAGCUGUCUCCCCUCCGUCCCCUAUGAUUGCUAUGCAGGAGUGCUCAGCAAGGUCUCGGUCAACCAGGGAUCAAGGCAUCAAUAUACCCGUAGAACGCCGGCAGGGGGCGCUAUCCUCUGGAGCUCCUAUAGUCCGCAGUGUCAGCGCAUUUGGUCCUCUGGAUGAAACGACCCGACACAACUGCUGUUUGCCAACAUCAGGCAGUCUGCCCAGUUGUCUGAACGAAGCCACGGACCCACUGAGUAUGGAGUGGCGGCUUCACAACCCCGAGCCUGUGACGGUUCCCUACCUGAGCCCGCUGGUGCUGUGGAAGGAGCUGGAGAGUCUGCUGGAGAACGAGGGCGACUCAGUGAUCACAGAGGCUGACAUGGUGGACCAUCACCCCAUCAUCUACUGGAACCUGGUCUGGUACUUCAGACGGCUGGACCUGCCCAGCAACCUGCCAGGUCUCAUCCUCACCUCUGAGCAUUGCAACAGAGACUCCCAGAUCCCUCGCCACUGGAUGUCUGAGGACAGUAAACACGUGUUGAUCCAGAUCCUGUGGGACAACCUCAAGCUGCACCAGGACCCCAUCCAGCCUUUGUACAUCCUCUGGAACACAUACAAUGUUGGUUACCCUGUGUCUCGGCCAGUCCCAGAGGAAGAAAAGCCGUUCAGUGAGGAGCUGCUGCACAGUAUGGUGAAGAGCAUCCAGAGGAACGACGUCAGCCGCCCGAUGGCUCAGCUGCUACAGCUGCUGGGCCAGACACUCGAGGUCAAAAGGCAAAGGAGUUUGUACAGGGACAUCCUCUUCCUGUCCUUGGUGGCUCUGGGAAAAGAUAACAUUGAUAUUGACGCCUUCGACCGUGAGUACAAGUUGGCGUACGAUCGCCUUACACCCAACCUGGUGAAGCUGACCCACAACUGUGACCGUCCUCCGAGCACAGGUGUCAUGGAGUGUCGCAGGACUUUUGGAGAGCCUUACUUGUAAAGAGUCACCUAAACACACCAUGAUUAACUCUCAUCAUCCUCAUUGUUGCUUUAAGACUAGCUCAGGAAACCAGUUGGAAGACCACGAAUGUGCACUACGGGAAUGUUUGGGGGAACUCUGUAAGCGCUCAUAGGGGUACAGGUGACUGUGGACAGCAUUAUGUAGCCUGAAGUUUUAGAGACUUAUAUCUAUGAGGACAGAAACACUACACGCAGCGUUCAUAAACUCCUCUCCAUGCAGUGUUGAGUGAGCCGCAACAGCUUUCAUUGGGAAUGAGUGACAGUGAUGCAGAUAUCCUGUAAAUACACAACAGGAAAGGAUUUUUUUUUUUUUAAAUGUACCAUUCUUAUUGUAUAUCAUUUCACCAUAUGAAGACUAAUAUUAGCAAUAUUUUAACUGGAACUUUAUUUAUACAAAGUCAGCUUAUUUAUUGUACCGUCCUUUUGUUAUGUGCAGUGUUUGACUUUGUCCUGUGGUCGCUGGCCGUCUUCUCGUCUUGCAGUUUUAAACCAGGAAAAAUGUUUUCACUCAGUGUGGAAAAGAUGCAGUACAUGUUUGGUGUGUGUUUUCAGUGAGCUUUCUAUGCUUUAUGAGAUAGAACUUUUUCAAUUAGAUAUGCAUCGAUUUUGAAGACAGAUUGCAUAUAUCUACAGGCUUUCUAGUUGUCAGCGAAAAGUGAAGGAACGUAAAGCCAACACAGUGGCUUACAGAAGCCCUGAGAGGCGAGUGAGGCAAACAAAAUCAAAUGAAUCUGAUAUAAAGUGUCCUGUAUUUAUGACUAAAGACCAAGCUGUGAAAAAUGGUCAAACUUCCCUUCUCUGAAACACAGGGGAAAAACAUGAUCCUGCAUUUACAAAGCAUUUGCUUUUCACUGUUUAAGCCAUAAACAUCAGAGUUACAAAAUAGUUUUUUCAUAAAAAUAAACAGCAGAAGCACAUUACAGUGACAGAGUAAAAGACCUUAUCAUAAAUUGCAUUCUUGCACACUCGUUCACACCAGUUCAGAUUAAACAGGACAUUUCAUUGUAAAAAAAACAAUCAUGUUCAUUACUUUAAAUCAGCGAAUGUUAUGACCCUGAUCCUCUCAUGGAGCGAUGAAUGCUGAUUAUGUUAAUCUUUUCUUGUACUGAAGAGCAUAUGUCCUAAUUACCAGAUCAAGUGUAUUUUUUUUUCACUUGUCAGAGGAAACGGUAUGUUUGGGGUUUGUUUACAAAAAACGAUUUCUGAGCUUUAAGCUAUUCAUCCUCAUGAGAAGUACCACUUUUAGUCUUCUUCAGCAGGCUGUUUGUACAUAUCAGUGUUACAGAGGUGUUACCGGCCCUAUAGGAAGCCACAUAGCGGUGAGGAAGAGAGCAGAUUGCGGACAGGUGAGUCUUCUGCAGCCAAUCAGCAUUAAAGGUCAAUCAGAGCGGUUAACAGGGAUGGCAGAGAAUCUAUGAUAGAUGGAGCAGUGAGGCAUGUGUAACACCUCCACCUUCACCUCAACCACAAAAAAAGAUAACAUAUCAGCCAAACCAUUGUUUUUUUACUUUGAAACUUGACUUGAUGUUCAAAGGCUGUAAAAAUACCUUUUUUACAGUUUUUUUGUUAUUCACAGUUAUUUCUUUAAUUCGUGAUGAUAACAGCAGACUGAAAUUUAAAGUCAAAGUAAACUUUAUUUGUCAUGCUGGCUAGACAAGGACUGCAUAGUGGAACAAAACUGUGUUUCUCCUAGAACACCGUGCACUAUAGUCAUAGUAAUUAUACAGGAAUACCCAGCUAAGAUCAAAAUCUACAAAUAUUGCACAGCAGAAACUUAGACACUAUAUGUGACUCUUUGUACUGAUGAAUAUUAAAAACAUAGGUGCUCAUGUUAUGCAGACACUGAAAAUAUUGCACAAAGUAGCAGCAGUUACAGAGACAUUUUGUGUGAGAGUUUGCAUAUACAACAGUUCUUGGACUGUGUGUCUGUGGUACGUGAUAGUGUGUAUUUAAAGAGAGUUCAGGACUCUGAUACUGCAAUAGUGUUUUUUAGAGGGCAGGAUGGUAAACGGUUUGCGUGUCGGCAGCUCUGUGCAGGCAGGAUUUGGUGUGUGGUCCUGUGUAGGUGAGAGAGGAGACCUGGCAACCUGAUCUGGUGUCUUCGCCAUUCUCUGAAGUUUGCUCUGAGACGUUGCUCUCUGUAGUGCUUCUGUGGGAAGUGAUGAGGGCAGAAGGGAGUCGGAUUGCUCUUCUUGACCGCUUCAAGAAGCGCAAGCGCUGCUGUCCGCCUUUUAAUGAGGAAGGUGGUAUCUGUAAGCCCAGGAACCCGGUGCUGUUAACUAGCAGUGUGGCGCUGUCAAGGAUUGUGGGUGGAGUGUGGGAUAAAUAGUGUGAACAAUCACCCUUACAACAUACAAUAUCAAUCGAUCUAUGUGACCUAAAUCACUUUAAAUGGAGGGAAAACCUAAGUGAAGUUUUGAUUUGUUGGUAACAAUUAUCCAACUAUAAAGAUAUCGAUGAGUCUUAGCGGAGGUUAAAAGAAGAGCUUGGUGUUUAUGGUACAAACUGUAAAGCCCCGCCUUUCAUUUAAUAACAGCAUAUCUGAGUGUUUAUUGCACAUGCAGCCACGUGGCCAGUUAGGCCUGUGGCUGAAUCAAAUGACUUUAAUCUCAUUGCCUUCCGCUUCUAUAUCUUUUUAAUACAAUAAUCCAAAUUAUUUUAAUGUCUUGGACCUCAAGGUGGCUCCUGUUUUUUGUGUUGUCUCUUCUUUGCUUGUCUAUGGAUGCAGGUUGUUUCUUUUUUAAACCCACCGAGCAGCCAGGAUGCCAGAAUCUUUUGGGAACAUAUGUGGAGAAAAGGUUUAAAUUUUUCUUUCUGGCAACAUCCACUCAUUAGCCAGUUUUAUUAGUGCUGUAUCAGACUAAAGCUAAUUGAGAAUUCUUAUUUCAGCUAGCAUAAACAAACAGUAAAAGAGGACUUUAUUAUAAAAAGUAGGAUUUAUGAAUGUAUAGCUUGAUACCUGCAGAUGUUUACACCCUGAGGUUUGUAUCCACCAUUAAAUUUACUAAAGAUUUAACUUUUGGACAGGUGUAAAGAUAACAGAGUUCAACUUUGCAAAGAGCCUACUUGAAUAUAAAGUUCAUAUUUUAAUUUUUGAAACCCUUAUGGGGUUAUUUAAGUUCUAGAGACCGUAUGAUGUUCUGUUGGGGAAAAUCAAAUGGACCCUGGAGUGCAUUGCCUCUGUCACUUAUAUUUGUUACUGCCUUAGUGAGGAUAUUAAUCCAGCUUUGAAAGGCAGAGUGGUUGAAGGAGGACCCCUGGCUCUGAAAUGACCAAGGUCCUAUGAAUAUCAGCCAAGUCUUUGAUUUGUGGCAUGGCUAAGCAAAACUGGAAAAGUUUAACAAGUUGCACGUCUUUGUCCCUGAAAAAAAACCCAAACCUUUAGUUGUGGAAAUCUCUUUAACUGGUGAAUUUUGAUUUGGGAGAUGACACAUCAGCUUAGAAAAGCUGUGAUUCAUUUGUGGAUUUCUAUUGUGUUUAAAAGAAAAUAGUACUGUAAAAAUACAUGAUUAUGUAGAUUCUGGGCCAUGUACAUUUGAAUUGCCCUUUGUAUAAAUCACAUUUUAUAACAGUGUAUUCACACAUGUGCAAAGGUCCUUUUAGAAGUGGUGAAGUUCUGACGUUCUGUACAGCGACCAGAUCUACAGGACUGUUUAAGUGUAAAUAAAAUCAUGUACACCCUCA